AUGUCAUCGACACCAAAGUCAAUCAACAGACUCGCCCCAGAGAGAAGACCUUCCCAGGACCUCAUCUCCUCAUCGCCCCAUCGUGAAGCUACAAACCGUCUCCUCUCCUCCUCUCCUUCCAUCCCCCCAUUCUUUGCCAGACCCGCUUCACGCCAGAGCAACAACACCGGAGACAACCAAGGCUUGGGAGCUCAGACCCCAACCUCCUCCUGGAGAUCCCCUUCUACCCUCCAAAACUACCGUUCUGACGACGUUGCUGGUGAUACUUCCAACAACUACUAUAUAAACAACAACAGGUCAGGACUCGACAGCAGCAGCAACAGCAUCCACGGCAGCUACGCCGGAAGCAACUCUGGCUACCUCGACGCCAUGAACGCCGUUGUCGAUAUCCCCGCCGAUGAAGCCUCCAAGGUUGUCAAGAAGCACCUCGUCCUCAACUCGGCCUCCCGCGACAGUCUCGACUCUGACCGCAACGACAACGGUGGCGGACCCUCCUCUAGUUCGAAUGGACACAACAACAACAACAAUCACAACAACGAUGGUGCCGGAUCAGUAGAUAUCGUCGACUACACCACCGCCUUUAAACUCCCUGGAGGCGCCAUCACUCGUGAUGUCUACAAGUGGCAGGCCGAUCAGGAGAAUGAGCAAAACCGACGAGGAGACGGUAUUGGUCAUAUCAGAAGUAGACGAUCGCGCUCGUUCCAUCUCCCAAGACCAAUGGAGCCAUCGAUGUCGACCUUGAAGCAGCCCGGUGGAAUGCGUAGAUACCACAUGAUUAUGAAGGCAGAGGCACAUGGACGCCAGGCAAACGUCUUUACAAAGAGCUUUAUCGACUUCUUGGCCAUGUACGGUCAUUUCGCCGGAGAGGAUCUCGAUGACGAGGAAGGUGGCGAUUUUGAGCCAGCUGUCUACGACGAGGAGGAAGGCGAGGGUGAGGGCGAGGAAUCAGGAUCAUCCAGGACCGAAGCGACUCCCUUGAUCCCAAAGGCUCAGCAAACCCCACAGGGCGAUGCCACACCCGCCAAGGCUGUCUUCUUGCUCCUCAAGUCCUUUGUUGGAACGGGAAUCAUGUUCUUGCCCAAGGCGUUCAACAACGGUGGUAUCUUGUUCUCAUCAGUGUUCUUGGUAGCGAUUGCCGCCAUCUCCCUCUUCUCUUUCCUGCUCUUGGUCGAGUCCCGUCAGGUGGUGCCUGCUUCCUUUGGUGACAUUGGAGGACAUCUCUAUGGACCAGCCAUGCGUCUCUCUGUCCUCUUUGCCAUUGCCAUCUCCCAGGUCGGUUUCGUGUGUGCCUACAUGAGCUUCGUCGCCACCAACCUCGAGGCCCUCGCCCGCAACGUGCUCGAUGCCUCUGAGAUGUACCCCUCCUACUUCUUUGUCAUCAUCCAGCUCAUCGUCUUUAUUCCUCUCGCUCUGAUCCGCAACAUUGCCCGUCUUUCCUUCACGGCUGUCGUUGCUGAUGUCUUCAUCUGUUUCGGCCUCAUUUACAUGUACUACUUUGAUAUCUCUACCUUGAUUAUCGAUGGCCUCAGCGAUGUUGUCCUCUUCAACCCCAAGGACUUUGCUCUAUUUAUCGGAACUGCUGUGUUCACGUUUGAGGGCAUUGGAUUGAUUAUCCCUAUUACAGAGUCGAUGAAGGAGCCCGAAAAGUUCCCCAAGGUGUUGACAGGAGUUAUGAUCGGUAUCACUGUCCUUUUCACCUCCGUCGGUGCUCUGUCGUAUGCCACCUUUGGAUCCAAGACCCAGACGGUCAUUCUCUUGAACUUGCCUCAGCAGAGUCAUAUGGUCCAGUCUGUCCAGGCAUUGUACUCGAUUGCUAUCAUGCUCUCGAUCCCCCUUCAACUCUUCCCUGCCGUCCGUAUCAUGGAGAACGGCCUGUUUACUCGCUCGGGCAAGUACAACAUGCUUGUCAAGUGGCAAAAGAACUUUUUCCGAAUCCUCUCCCUCUUUGCCUGCGCAGCCAUUGCCAUCUGGGCUGGAGAGGACCUCGACAAGUUUGUCUCCAUCGUCGGUUCCGUGGCCUGUAUCCCGUUGGCAUACAUCUUCCCAGCCAUGUUCCAUUACAAGACACACCCUAACCCCAAGACGCGUGUCUUUGAUGUGCUCCUGUGCGCCUUUGGAGUCAUUACUAUGGUCUACACCACUGGUAACACUAUCUACGAGUGGAUGGUGCCUGAUGAGAAGCCUUAA